UGUGUGUGUGUGUGUGUGUGUGUAAGGUUCCAAUAACAUAUAACACAAUCUCUGGAUGCUGCAUCAAAGCUGGAUCAUCAUGCAGCCAAUCUCUGGAUGCUGCAUCAAAGCUGGAUCAUCCUGCAGGCCUAUUUUACUGAACAAUUAUAAGGGACACAGAGAACACGUGGUAGGCGGCACAGAGGGAGAGAAAGAAAAGAUGUAAUUGUGAGACUAGAGUAGGCGAGUCACAUUUGAAGUUGAAAAGAGUUGACGAUGACAGGCUCAGCUGGUGAGAGCAACGCAAAAGCUGAUCACUCCGUAAUUCAAGUAGGAAAGGAGGGAGAGAGAAGUGGGAGAGAAAUAAGUCAUAUGGGUAACCAAGGUUGGAGCAGAAACGAAGAAAUUGAAGACGAAUUAGCGUCAUUGAUAGAAAAAAAGCUUCCCAAGAAAUCAACAGAGCCAGUUCAUACUUGCGUAUUUAGAGUCCCCACCAAACAUUUCAGGGAGAAUGAAAAUGCUUUUUUCCCACAAGCGGUUUCAAUCGGGCCGUAUCACCACCAAAGAAUAAAGUAUCAAGGCAUGGAACGAACUAAGCUACGGUAUUUGCGUUCCCUCCUCGAUCGCAAACCAACUCCAGAUACCAGUUUGGGGAAGUUUGUCAAAGAAAUUAGAAGCAGAGAAGAGUUUCUUCGUAACUGCUAUGACGAAAAGUUUGAUCUGAGUAGCGAUAAUUUUGUAGAAAUGAUGGUGGUCGAUGGUUGCUAUAUUUUAGAACUUCUCCGCAAGCGAAGUUUCUGUGUGCCAGGGUGGUUCUCCACAUUUAAAAACGACUUGUUGCUGCUUGAAAACCAGCUUCCGUGGCAAGUUCUCGACUGUUUAUUCAACCUCACAAAAACAUCACAAGAGGUUUCUCUAUAUCAACUUACCAAGGGCCUUUCCGGAAUGAAGCAUAGUCCCUUGGAGAAAUGUGUUAUGAGAAAUUUACUUGACGCAGUAAGAAAUUCGCUUGUUGGAUCAUUGUUGAACACAAGGUCUUAUGAUGUAGAUUGGACUCCUAUUCCCUCAGUGACACUUCUCGAGGAAAUUGGAGUCAAAUUUCGAAGUGCAUCCAAUGACAGAGAUCUGUCGGACAUAACCUUCAAAUUGGAAAAUGGAGUGAUGGAAAUUCCGUAUGUGAUGAUUCGAUCCAACACAGAAUCCCUGUUCAGAAACCUCAUAGCCUACGAACAGUGUCUGGACAGCUUUGACAAAUGUGCCGUUUUGUCUUACGCCAUGCUAUUGAAUCAGCUUAUCAAGUCUGCCAAAGAUUUAGACUCCCUCAUUCAGAAAGGAAUUAUAGACACCGAGUUGAGCGAGGAGGACACUGUUUGUUUCUUCAAUAGGCUUCGCUAUAGCACUGAACGCAUAAAUUUCUUUUACUCUUCCCUCGCCCGGCAAGUGAAUGAAUGUUACCGUCGUCGCUGGCUAAGGCGUUGGUUUGCAAGGAUCAAAAGGGAUUAUCUAUACAAUCCAAAGUCAAUCUUGUCUCUUUUCUCAAAUGCGGUCAUCCUUGCUCUCAUUCUUACCGUCUUGCAGACUGUAUAUGGUAUUCUCGCCUACUACAAGCCGAAUUAGUAACCUUCCAAUUGGUCAAUGUUCACCCAAGGACCUAAAAAUAAACAAAGACUUCUGUGACUGCAGGCAAAGUUACGAAAGAAUGAAAUUCUUUGAGUUUGUAUUUAUUUGCUUAUUUUUCUUGUAAAAUAAAGCAGGAACGUAAUUGAUAGUUUGAUAAUUAUUGUAAGGACACAAUUGGUUCUUACUCCCUGAAUUGUGUGUAAACAAAAGAGCAUG